AUGACAAACGCCCAUCUCCUCGUUGGAAGUUUAAAGUCUGAGGAAUAUCUCAAGCUAGUGGAGGAAAACAAAGCGGCUCUCAACUUAGUUUAUGAUAGAAUUUUGGAGGGUGGCUACGAGCUACCGGCGAACAGCUUCGAUCAGGUAAAUCUAUCAAUCACGGAGGAUGAUUAUGCCGCGAUAAACUCGGAUCAGUUGUUCCUGCUCCUUUUCCAGGCACUGGCUCCGAACGGCAAUCUCACGAUCCACAAGCUCACACCACCCACGCUGUCUUCCCAGCUCAUCUUGACGGGUUACACCGCUCCAGUCAACAGCGAGCAGUCAUCCACAACCACAACCACCAAGCCAGCACACACUCCCGCCGUCUCCCUCUCCCUCAACCGCUCUCAGAAGCCAUCCAAGUCACUUUGGAACUUUGAAUCCGCCCCACCGAUCGAUCCUUCCCAGUUACUCACCCAAGAGGACAAGGCUGCUCCUGCUACCCCUCUCUCUUGCCCCACUACCAAGAAGAGAAGAGCGUGUGCUGACUGCAGCUGUGGUUUGAAGGAGGAGCUCGCGAAUCAGUCCCAGGUGAACAUCGACACUUCGACUGACCUCAAGAAAACUUUCAACAGCGUACAAGACGCCCAAGCUAAAGGUGCCACUUCUAGCUGCGGCAGCUGCUACCUCGGAGACGCUUUCAGGUGUGCUUCCUGUCCAUAUGCUGGCCUGCCUGCAUUUGAACCUGGUCAGAAAGUCGAAAUUGACAUGUCGGCGGAUGUCUGA